GUUGCGCGAGGAUACGGCAUCGCAAGGUGUCGGAUUGAGGUAGCUACUUGAGGUGCCUUGAAGUGACGUAGAUUACCAACCAAACAAACGCCAACCAAAGGGGAAAGGGUGUCCCAGUGGUGCUGUGCUGGUCGGGCGGGAAAUUAAGGAUCAGAGUUCCAGUGAAACCGCCUAGCGUGCUGUGGACUUUGGUCAGUUUUGUUGUGACCGCGAUUCAAGACGGUAGCCCAAAAGUGGCGGUCUUCCCAGAGAAACAGGCAGUUUUCAUGGUCAUUGGUGGCUGAUAGGCUAAUGAAUUGAUAUUAUAGUGAAAGUGCACUUGGGGUUUUCUGUGGAAUCAUUGCUGGUGCGGUGUUAAUCAGAUUCAAGUUCAUAACAUGCAAGGUUGAAUUGUUUCCAGUGAAGGCAUAAAUAAGAAACUAUUCAAAGCCCAUAACCGCAACCGAAUCGGCCGAGUAAUAACAGCCGAUAAAAUCGGUGAACCCUAACAAUUGACAAACUAAAAAGCCGUAAAGGGCAACGUUCACCGUAUGCUUAUCAGAUCCAGCUGUGCAGAAUAAAGUGAAAGUGAAUUCUGGACAUUUGACGUAAUAGGGGCGCAAAACUAUUCGCCUUCGCUUGGAACAAAACGGACACAGUAAACUAUUUGUGAGCGGUGCGAAAGGGAAUCCGCACAGCAGGAACUGAAAAUGGGUUGCGCCAGCAGUUCACCGCUAAUCAACGGUGGUGGUCCCGGUGGCAUCGUGGAAACGGCCAAGGAAACUGCCAGCAAAACCGCCAACGAGGUUUUGCACGCUGGGGAAACGGCAAUUCACGGUGUUGGAGAACACGUAAAGGAUGCAGUUAAAAACGUGGCUAGUGAAAUCGAAGGUGUCCUGGGUGGGAAAACGGCAAGCAAAGACAGCAGUGAUCACAUUAAUGAAAACGAUCUUCCUCAAAUGAACGGCCAUGAUCAGGACAGCUCGGACUAUAAAAUUAUUCCAUUGAAAGAUAAACAGUCCAGCGUAGAUGAAAACCUGGAAAACUUCAAAAACAAUUUGCUGAAAAAGGCACAAAGUUUCGGCGAAGACACAGAGAAAAUGGCCGACGACAUCAUAAAGGAUACGGAAGAUCUCAUCCGGGAUGCUGAAACGGGAAUCACGGACCACGGCAACGAAAUGUUGACUCGAAUCACCUCAUCCGACGACGGUACGAUCGAAAUUCUCAACUUAGAAGGUAAUAGCACUUGCUCACCGACUCAUUCCACUGAUAGCUUAAAAACCUCUUCACCAGAACCGGAGAUCGAAAGGAUACUGGACAACGACCCGCAAAGCCCUCCGACGCCGGAAGCCACGAUGAAUAGCCUCGUGUCGUCGUCGGACGGGGCGGCCACCGAGUCCGAAGCGGUCGAUUCCACCGCAACCGUUAUCGAACAGGUGCAACCGGAUUCCGGUCACGACGGGAGUAAGCGAGAAGCGUGAGUACGACACUGAUUCAAUCCCAGUCAACAACGCACGCACAACCAACACACAAUUUCUCCCGGUUCCUCAUCGUCUGGUAGCAGCAUGCAACUAUGAACCUAAUAAUGAUAAUGCCACGAUUUUUUGUACAAAUUUUUGAAAAUAGAUGCAUAUUAUUUGUAGCAAUAAUCUUGGCAAUAGAAGUGCAUCAGAAGAAGAUCUAUUGUUGUAAAUAUAUACCAUGGCGAUAAAUGAGUUUCCUUCUUUUAGUUUUCAUAAAUUUUAAUUUGAUUGUAUAACAAGUGAUGAUAUUAAAUAUUUCAGUACAUUGUGAAUAUAAAGGUUUUACGAUAAUUUGUAAAUAAAAAAGAUUUAGUUUAAAUAAAUUUUAUCUCAAUGUUGUA